GUGGACUGGUUUGAUCUCCUUGUAGUCCAAGGGACUCUCAAGAGUCACCUAGAGCCAGACAUCCUGGAAUGUGAAGUCAAGUAGGCCUUAGGAAGCAUCACUACAGACAAAGCUAGUGGAGGUGAUGGAAUUCCAGUUGAGCUAUUUCAAAUCCUAAAAGAUGAUGCUAUGAAAGUGCUGCACUCAGUAUGUCAGCAAAUUUGGAAAACUCAGCAGUGGCCACAGGCCUGGAAAAGGUCAGUUUUCAUUCCAAUCCCAAAGAAAGGCAAUGCCAAAGAAUGCUCAAACUGCUGCACAAUUGCACUCAUUUCACACGCUAGUAAAGUAAUGCUCAAAAUUCUCCAAGCCAGGCUUCAGCAAUAUGUGAACCAUGAACUUCCACAUGUUCAAGCUCGUUUUAGAAAAGGCAGAGGAACCAGAGAUCAAAUUGCCAACAUCCGCUGGAUCAUCGAAAGAGCAAGAGAGUUCCAGAGAAACAUUUCUGCUAUAUUGACUAUGCCAAAGCCUUUGACUGUGUGGAUCACAAUAAACUGUGGAAAAUUCUGAAAGAGAUGGGAAUACCAGACCACCUAACUUUUUAUACAGGAAAACCUGUAUGCAGGUCAGGAAGUAACAGUUAGAACUGGACAUGGACCAACAGACUGGUUCCAAAUAGGAAAAGGAGUACGUCAAGGCUGUAUAUUGUCACCCUGCUUAUUUAACUUAUAUGCAGAGUACAUCAUGAGAAACACUGGGCUGGAAGAAGCAUGAGCUGGAAUCAAGAUUGCUGGGAGAAAUACCAAUAACCUCAGAUAUGCAGAUGACACCACCCUUAUGGCAAAAAGUGAAGAAGACCGAAAGAGCCUCUUGAUGAAAGUGAAAGAGGAGAGUGAAAAAGUUGGCUUAAAGCUCAACAUUCAGAAAACUAAGAUCAUGGCAUCUGGUCCCAUCACCUCAUGGGAAAUAGAUGGGGAAACGGUGGCUGACUUUAUUUUUGGGGGCUCCAAAAUCACUGCAGAUGGUGACUACAGCCAUGAAAUUAAGAGACGCUUACUCCUUGGAAGGAAAGUUAGGACCAACCUAGGCAGCAUAUUGAAAAGCAGAGACAUUACUUUGCCAACAGAGGUCUGUCUAGUCAAGGCUAUGCUUUUUCCAGUAGUCAUGUAUGGAUGUGAGAGUUGGACUAUAAAAGCUGAGUGCUGAAGAACUGAUGCUUUUGAACUGUUGUGUUGGAGAAGACUCUUGAGAAUCCCUUGGACUGCAAGGAGAUCAAACCAGUCCAUCCUAAAGAUCAGUCCUGGGUGUUCAUUGGAAGGACUGAUGUUGAAGUUGAAACUCCCGAUAUUUUGUCCACCUGAUGCAAACAGCUGACUCAUUUGAAAAGACCCUGAUGCUGGGAAAGAUUGAGGGCAGGAGAAGGGGACAGCAGAGGAUGAGAUGGUUAGAUGGCAUCACCGACUCAAUGGACAUGAGUUUGGGUAAAUUCCGGGAGUUGAUGGACAGGGAGGCCUGGCGUGCUGCAGUUCAUGGGGUCACAAAGAGUCAGACACGACUGAGCAACUGAACUGUUCCUCAGUGUUCUCUCUCUAGAUCUUUUAAAUCUAGUUUAGACUAAUUGACCUAACUCUUUCAUCUUUUUUACCUUUUUUUUUUUUUUCUUUAUCUGUUCUGUGAAAGAUUUCACAUUUACUUUCUAACCCAUCUGUAUAUUCUUGGAUGGAAUGUCUUUAUGUAGAUGAUAGUGAUGUUUUUAAUUUGCCACCAUAGUCUAUUAUUUCUCGAGUUAGUUUUUAUCCUGCUUGUUUAUUCAGCUUGAUAUUUUCUGUACCCAAUUGUGAGCAGAAAAAAACCAUAAAGUGUGUGUGAAAAGAAAAUUCCAGAGCACGUGGAAUUGCAACUCACUUCUCUUUAAUAAUUUUGUGUCUGAGUGAAGCUGGGUCUUCAAGGCCAAUCAGCGGAUGGCAAAGCGGAGGCUAGCCAGUCGUCACGCAGAGGCUCUAAGCCCCGCCCGCGGCGGUCCGCCUCAAGCUCUCGGUCUGGGGACUGGCGGUCUGGGCAGGGACGGGGCGGAGCGGCGCGCCCCUCCCCGGGUACCUGAGCGAGGCUGGUACAGUGUGUGGCUGGGUCCUCUGCAAGACUUGGGGUCUGAACCAGCUAUGGCCACCAAAGAUUAUCCGUCAUUGUGGGGCUUCGGGACAACAAAAACAUUUAAAAUUCCUGUCGAACAUUUGGAUUUCAAGUAUAUUGAAAAAUGUUCAGAUGUUAAACACUUGGAAAAAAUUCUUUGUGUGCUCAGGUCUGGUGAGGAAGGAUACUAUCCUGAACUUACUGAAUUUUGUGAAAAGCACCUUUCAGGCUUGGCUCCUGGAAGUAGAGCUUUGAGGAAAGAUAAACCUGUGGCAACAGCAUCCAGUUUUACAGCAGAAGAAUGGGAAAAAAUUGACGGUGACAUAAAGAGUUGGGUAUCAGAAAUUAAAAAAGAAGAUGAUAAAAUACACUUUCAUGAAACUGAAACAUAUCCAGCAGUGGAAGAUAAUUUGCCUCCAGUCCGUGGUUCAAACAGCCAUCUUCAUGUUGCCAAGGAAAAGAAUUCUAAAAGUAGACCAGCUAAAAAGAAAAUUCCAAGAGAUUAUGCAGAGUGGGAUAAAUUUGACGUGGAAAAAGAAUGUGCAAAACUUGAUGAAGAUAAAGAAAGAACUGUAAUAAACAACAAAUCACAUUUGUCUAAAAUUGAGACAAGACUAGAUACAGCAGGUCUGACUGAAAAGGAAAAGGAUCUUCUGGCUACUCGUGAAAAGGAAAAAGGAAAUGAAGCUUUUAAGUCAGGAGAUUAUGAAGAAGCUGUAAAGUACUAUACUCGGAGCUUAUCUGUGCUUCCCACUGUAGCAGCUUACAACAAUCGUGCUCAAGCAGAACUCAAGCUGCAGAACUGGAACAGUGCUUUUCAGGACUGUGAAAAGGUCUUGGAGUUAGAACCUGGGAACUUAAAGGCUCUUCUGCGCCGUGCCACCACAUAUAAGCAUCAAAACAAGCUCCAGGAAGCUAUGGAAGACUUGAAUAAAGUACUGGCUGUUGAACCUGAUAAUGAAUUGGCCAAAAAAACCUUGUCAGAGGUUGAAAGAGAUCUGAAAAACUCUGAGCCUGCAUCUAAGACUCAAACCAAGGGGAAAAGGAUGGUUAUUCAGGAAGUAGAAAACUCAGAAGAUGAAGAUGAAAAGGGCAGUGGAAUAAAACAUGAAGAUGGCAAUGGAGAUAAGAAGGCCGCGGAGCCGGCGGGAGCCGGGCGCGCCGCCGAGCCGCGCGCCAUGGGCAACAUCCAGAAGAAGCUGACGCGCAGGAGCGAGGGCGGCAAGCGGCCGGAGAAGGGCGCUCCGCGGCGGGGCCGGGCGCCGGGGGCAGGCGCGGACAAGCGGGACCCACCGCGGGCCCCGGCCCCGGCGGCCGGCGCCAACGGGCAGCCGGGCGGCGGGCGGGGCGCCGGGGAGCCCGCGGCCGGCGCGUCCCCGGGACCCGACGCGCCCCCGCCCGCCGCCCCGGUGGGCCCCGCCGCCCUGAAGAGCCAGGGCAACGAGCUCUUUCAGAAUGGGCAGUUCUCCGAGGCGGCGCUCAAGUACUCGGCGGCGAUCGCGCAGCUGGAGCCCGCAGGAAGUGGAAGUGCAGCCGAUCUAAGUAUCUUAUAUUCAAAUAGAGCAGCAUGUUACCUCAAAGACGGAAACUGCAGUGGCUGUAUUCAGGACUGUAACAGGGCCCUGGAACUUCAUCCAUUCUCCAUCAAGCCUCUUCUUCGACGUGCAAUGGCCUAUGAAACUGUAGAACAGUAUCAGAAAGCUUACGUGGAUUAUAAAACAGUGUUGCAAAUAGACUGUGGAAUCCAGAUAGCAAAUGACAGUAUUAACAGGAUAACAAAGAUUUUGAUCACUUUGGAUGGCCCAAACUGGCGGGAGAAGCUGCCACCCAUUCCUGCUGUGCCCACCUCCGCACAAGUGCGGGCUUGGCGACCUGCAGCAGAGACGCCCCCAGACCAAGUGGGAGAUUCCUGCCGCCAUCCCCAGCCGGGCACGCCAGAUGAAAAAAUAUUUAAAACCCUUAAAGAAGAAGGAAAUCAAUGUGUAAAAGAUAAAAACUAUAAAGAUGCCCUUAGUAAAUACAGUGAAUGUGUAAAGAUUAACAACAAGGAAUGUGCCAUUUAUACAAACAGAGCCCUCUGUUACUUGAAGCUGGGCCAGUUUGAAGAGGCAAAGCAGGACUGUGACCAGGCCCUUCAGAUGGAUCACGGGAGUGUGAAAGCUUACUAUAGACGAGCCCUUGCUCACAAAGGGCUCAAGAAUUAUCAGAAAAGUUUAAACGAUCUCAAUAAAGUUCUCCUACUAGACCCAAGUAUUGUUGAGGCAAAAAUGGAACUGGAAGAGGUAACCAGAAUCCUUAAUAUUAAGGACAAUACAGCAUUAUUCAACAAAGAAAAGGAGAGAAGGAAAAUUGAGAUUCAAGAGGUGAGCGAAGGCCAUCGGGAAGAGUCUGAGAGGACCUUGAAGGAAGCCCCCACGGACUGCCUUGCUUCUGAGAAGGGGGACACCAGCAACGGGCCACAGGAACUCUAUGAGAAACUGCUGAUCUCCAAGCCUAACAAUGCCUACGAAUUUGGUCAGGUUAUAAACGCCAUCAGUAUGAGGAAAGAUCAAGGAGCCUGUGCACACCUGCUAGCCAUCACUGAACCAAAAGAUUUGCCAGUGUUGUUGAGUAACAAACUUGAAGGGGACACGUUCCUCCUCCUCCUCCAGUCUCUGAAAAGUCAUCUUAUUGAUAAAGAUCCCUCCUUGGUGUAUCAGCAUCUUUUAUACCUGAGCAAAGCAGAAAGGUUUAAGAUGAUGUUGACACUAAUUAGCAAAGAUCAAAAGGAGCAGAUUAAGCGGCUCUUCGAUGACCUCUCAGAUGCACCAAACAAACAUUUUACUUUAGAAGAUGUACAGGCCCUCAAAAGGCACUAUGAUCUUUAAAUCAAGACAAUGGUUAGAUUUUUUCCAUGUAUGAAUGUGUUCCGGUAAUGCCAGUGAGAUGGUAUUGUAAUAGAGUUGCAUGGAUAAAACCUGGCUUAAAAAAGAUCCUUUGGUCUGGACUAUAAAAUAUUUUACUUAUUUUUAUACACAGAACACAUAUAUUCUACAGUCUGCUUUUUAUUAGUUGUAAAUAUUUUCUUAUGUACCAGAGCUAACAUCUUUAUAUUUAAAAAUAAGUAUAUUCGGAACUUGUUAAGAUGCAUUUUAACUUAUACAUUUUCUCUUAAUGACUUGUUAAAAUUUUGAGUUAAAUUCUACUUCUUUGGGCUAUGAAGCAGUCCUCUCAAGUUUGGUAGAAAUGUCAUUUCUUUAUAGUUCAUUUUUAAAAGUGAAAAUCAUUAACACUGAUUAUUACAUCACCUUUAUUUCCUGCUAAGAUAUAUAUAAAUCCCAUUUUAUAUUACUUGUGGAUGACAGGCCUCUAAGAUGAAACACAACAUUUAAGUCUAUAAUAGGAAAUGAUUAUUAAAUAAACUGUGGUUAUUUAGAGCUAUAAGAGGAAUGUAUUUUUUCUAAUAUGGAAGUAUUGCCUACUAAUUAAGAACAGAAAUUGCCAAAAAUUCUAUUACCAGAUUUUUGAAGGCUGGUUUCCCUUAUGUGUUAUUUAUAUAAGCAAUAACAGAACAACCACUGUAUAAAAGCAACCAAGCCUGCAUUUCUAUUUGAAUUGUCACUCGCACAUUUCCCCCAAACAUUUUAAAUUACUUCUCCCUCUUUUGUUCCCUCCUCCUUUAAGCAUGAUCAUAUUUAUUCCCUUAGUGCAAAAGGGAAAAUGAAGAACUCUUUAUAUUGAGAGCUUGCUUGUCACUUGGGUCAAAGUAAAGGUAUUUCUUAUAAUAAAACAUUCAGGUCUCUA